AUGUUUGAAAAUAUCGCAGCUUCGAAACACAGCGCCAUUACCUGGCCCUUGUUGGUGGACUACACUAAAGCACAGUGUAAACGUGUUCUUCGAAGGCUUGAGCUCGAGGCCUAUGCAAAAGUCGUGACAGUAUUUAGAGCUCAGGGCCCCCUAACUGGUGAGAAGAAAAAGACUCUCGAAGAUCUGCAACAAUUAUUAAGCAUUGCUUCUGAUCGUCACAAAGCCGAAGUCCGCCGCGCUUUAAAUGACGAAGAACUGGCUACUAUUUCGGAAUCAAUUUGCGGUAAAGAAACGGAUGAGAAUUGGGUUCUUGAGGGGCGUCGUGUCGCACCACUUCUACGGCGUGGCGUUCCACAGACAGCCUUUCUGCCUAAAGCGGAUGCAGUCGCAAAUAAGUGGGCUUCAAUCAACAGCAAGUUGCCUAGGCCCAUCGAGACGGCUGUUGCCAAUAUAACACCUCCCAGUAUUAGGCCGAUUGUUAAAGAACAAGAUGAGUUCUUACAAGAUACGGGUGCACAGCAUCACGGUGAAAACUCAGGUGUGCUUAAAGUUGAAGUAGCAACAGCUGAUGAAAACGAUGAAAGAGAAGUAACGUCGAAUUCUGUGCCGGAGGCUGCCGUUGAGGUCACUUGUGAAGCAGAUGUUUCCAAACUCAUCCAAACUCCCCGUAAAAAGGAUGAAAAUGCGAAGUCAGUAAGUACGGCGCCACUCCAAGAUGAAUCACAUCACAGAAAUUUUGGUUCGGGACACGUCCUCCCUGUUUCGGCGCCACCAAAGAUUAGCGAAGCCAACGCGACGCAGCAGAACGUAUCGUCAAGCCCGUCCCAAGGUUCCUUGAUCACUCCUGCCACGGGUUCAAAGCGUCCCCAUCCGGAUUCAAAUCCACCUAAUCAGGUAAUUGUUUCCUCGGAAACAAUUGUACAGACCUCACAACCACCCCCAACGACUGACACUACCGCCUCUAUGAGCAAUGGCGUAAUUCCCCUAAUUUCAUCUUCCCGCAAUGUUGUCAUUCGCCAGAGCGUCGUUCCCGCCCCAAUUCCUGUCUCCCUACACAGCUCCCAAAGUAUUCAAGUAGCCAAGGUGCAAAGCACCGGCCCCAUGGUCACAGUGUCUGCCCUCAACCGCGUCGCACCGACGACCAUCGCCUCGACCACACCGGGUUUGACCACCAUGGUGGUAACUGGCACUGCCGGUGCAGCCGCCUACGUCUCCCAACCAGUGACUGCUGCGCGGAUAAUGAAGAGUUAUCCCUCCGUGCUGAGUUACCACCACGCCACUACACCCACCACCCACCUAUCCGCGUCCAGCAUUCUUGCGGACAGCAAGAGACAAGCACAGCAUCAGCAGACGCAUCCGCAGCAUUCCAUCGUGGUCCAGCAACAGAUUCACUCGACCGGGUCUACUUCUGGCAACGUCAUAGUCGUCCACCGAGGUGGUCCGAGUCGUCUGGUGGCGACGACGACGUCGGCUUCAGCGCAAGUUAGCACAACAGCCAAUCCGGCUUCAGCCAGUAGCCGUUCCUUGCGGAUUCUCCCCGUGCCCGGGUCUGCUGUUGCUCCAGCGACGUCGGCUGCCACGACUUGCGGAAACACAGCCCUCGCUCCGCUGCUUCCCGCCACACAAAUACCCUACUCUCAUCAACACCCCAGCUAUCGCGUCUCCAAUCCCGCUACCAUUGUUCAAGGCGAUUCGCAGCUGGCGGCAAGCGGGUCCAUGAAUAUAAUCAAAGUGCCGAUCAGCGCACCCGCCGGCAGUCACCCCAGCGGUAAUCUCUUGGCGCGCCCCGCCCCAGCACUGCAGGCCGCAGUAGCCACGUCAACUACGCUUCACACCGGCGCACCACUGCCGCCUCCCCCCACCCAAGCCAACUCCCCCGCUCUGGUCAGUGUUCUCGAGCCGAAACGACCCCGCCUGGCGUUUGUGCCCGCUACCGCGACCCCCUCGGCUCGGCAGUAA